GUGAGGAGUGGGACGGGAGCUCGCUGCCAGCUGUGAGGGGAGCUGCGAGAAGGGCCAGCGAAAGUACAAAAAGGAACAAAGAAGCAAUGCCUGACACCUCCAACGCUCACACACGUUGAACACAUCAAGCCUACUUUUGGGAAAGGACGCUUCUGUGUCUUGAAAGCUGCAUGAUGCUGCGCCUAGGAAUGACCCAAUGGCUUUUAUGCACCACGCUCUGCACGUGGCUGCUGUGCAGUGCCCAAAGCGAGUCCAGCACUCCGGCCAUACAGCUACGUCUGGUUGGGGAGAAACGGAAGAAACACGAGGGCCGAGUGGAGGUUUUCUACAACGGCGAGUGGGGGACGGUCUGCGAUGAUGACUUCUCCAUCUACGCUGCGCAGGUGGUGUGCAGAGAGCUUGGCUUUGUGGACGCUGAGUCAUGGUCGCCCUCAGCAAAGCUUGGCAGGGGACAUGGCCGUAUCUGGCUAGACAAUGUGGACUGUAACGGUAGAGAAAAGAGCCUCGCCGAGUGUCGGUCUAACGGCUUUGGAGUGACCGACUGCAAACAUUCAGAAGACGUCGGGGUGGUGUGCUCCCAGCAGCGCAUUCCUGGCUUCAAGUUUAUCCGCACCCAGGCCAACAGUGAGGAGGGAUUGCCAGUGAAUGUGGAGGAUGUGCGGAUACGGGCCACGUAUUCUCACAGAAAAAGGAUACCUAUCACCGAAGGUUUUCUGGAGGUGAAAGAUGGAGGCAAGUGGAGGCAGAUCUGCAACGCAGAUUGGACGGAGAUGAACAGCAGGGUCAUCUGUGGCAUGUACGGCUUCCCUGCGGACAAGCGCUUCAACAACAAGCCCUACAAAUUGCUGGCCAAGCGACGCAAGAAGAACUACUGGGGUUUCUCCGUCAACUGCACUGGCAACGAGGCUGACAUGUCUGAUUGCAAACUGGGUAGGGAGAUCGCCCUGAAGGGCAACAACACCUGUGAGGAGGGCAUGCCCGUAGUGAUCAGCUGUGUUCCUGGACGUACCUUUGCUCCCAGCCUCAGCGCAGGCUUCAGGAAGGCGUACAGGGUGGAGCAACCCCUGGUGCGACUAAAAGGCGGUGCCAUGAUAGGAGAGGGCCGCGUGGAGGUGUUGAGGAAUGGCGAGUGGGGCACGGUGUGUGGCGACAACUGGAACAUUCAAGCGGCCACCGUAGUUUGCCGGGAGCUGGGCUUCGGCAGCGCCAAAGAGGCUUUGACCGGUGCCAUUUUUGGACAAGGUAUCGGGCCAGUGCACAUGAACGAAGUGGAGUGUUCUGGCUUCGAGAAAUCACUGACUGAGUGUCACUUCAACCGGGAUGCCCUUGGCUGCAGCCACGAGGAAGACGUCGCAGUCAAGUGUAAUGUUCCUGCUAUGGGCUUUAAGAACAGACUUCGUUUGUCCGGUGGACGUAAUCCCUACGAGGGACGUGUGGAAGUUCUUAUGGACAGGAACGGCUCUCUAGUGUGGGGGGAAGUGUGCAGUGACAGCUGGGGGACCAUGGAGGCCAUGGUGGUGUGCAAGCAGCUGGGCUUGGGAUUUGCCAGUCACGCCUUCCAGGAAACCUGGUACUGGCAAACCGAUGCUACUGCUGAUAAUAUUGUGAUGAGUGGAGUGAGAUGUUCAGGAACUGAGCUGACUUUGGAUCAGUGCCUCCAUCAUGGGAAACACAUUCAAUGCCUUAAAGGGGGUGGACGCUUUGCUGCUGGGGUCUCCUGUACUCUGACGGCUCCUGACCUGGUCCUGGACGCCCAAGCAGUGGAGCAGACUGCAUACCUGGAGGACAGACCUAUGUAUGCCCUGCAGUGUGCCCAGGAGGAGAAGUGUUUGUCCAGCAGUGCCGACAACGCCGACCAGAACUCUUACCGCCGUCUGCUGCGCUUCUCCUCCAAGAUCCACAACAAGGGCCAGUCAGACUUCAGGCCGCGGGCCGGUCAUCAGUCCUGGACCUGGCAUGAAUGCCACAGACAUUUCCACAGCAUGGAGGUGUUCACCCACUAUGACUUGAUGAAUGUGAAUGGAACUAAAGUGGCUGAGGGUCACAAAGCCAGCUUCUGUCUGGAGGACACGCGUUGUGAAGAAGGCAUUGAGAAGAAAUACGAAUGUGCCAACUUCGGAGCACAGGGUAUCACGGUGGGCUGCUCGGACACCUACAGGCAUGACAUUGACUGCCAGUGGAUUGACAUCACAGAUGUUCCACCUGGUGACUACAUUCUCCAGGUUGUGAUCAACCCAAACUACGAGGUUGCAGAAUCCGACUAUACCAACAACAUAAUGAAGUGCCGCAGCCGCUAUGACGGCAAUCGCGUCUGGAUGUACAACUGUCAGAUAGGUGGCUCACGGAGUUCAGAAACCGAAGAAACAUUUCCCGGGCUGCUGACCAAUCAGCUUUCGCACAGGUAGACAGACAAGACCGAUGGACAUGGAAGAAGUACGGCGCAGGAGUGUUUCACAACCACUAAAGGAGGAGGCGGCUGUAGUUAAGGACGUGGGACACGUUUGAAUACAUUUAAAUGUGAUAGUGUAGUAUUACAUCAGUAAGUUAACAGAAAGAUCCUUUUACGUGUUGUAGGAUGUAAACAUCUAUAAAAUCCUAUUUCAUUGUUGAUAAGCUGACAAUGUGGUAAAAAGCAGCCAUUUUUUUCCCGACUGUGAGGAAAAUGAUCAAGUAAAUUAUUCAAUCUAUAUACCACAUGCAGUACAGCUCUUAUUUUGUGGUGUCUUUGUAGAAAUGUUAUUUUUUUUAUAUAUAUGGUGCUUUUUGAUGAAUGUCAGGGAACAUUCCAGCCAAAUAUUUUUGUAAAUGAAAUGUGCCAACAGUUACCUUUGAAUGGCCAGUACAAGAAACACUCACCUCUAUACUUUGUCGAGGAAAAACAUUUUGGUGCUACAUCAUGUUCAGAGGUUCUUCAAUGUCAGUGGAAGGCAAAAGAAUACAUCACAUUGCUUCUACUGUUUCCAACAUUUUAAGGGUUUUAAUUGACAUUCUACGUGAACAGCAAUUCAAAGUAUCAAAAAGUAAUAAUUUAACACAAGGCUAUUUGAUUUGAUUUUAAUACUUUCAGGCGACACAAUUUAAAGUAUUUGUCUCUUCUGACGAGGAGUCUGAAUUCCAAAUACUUGACCUCACCUUUGAAAGGGCUUUAUUUAUUGACUUUGUUUUUAGCUUACACAUGCUCUUCGUGACCUGUGUAUUAUCCCCUCAUCUUCCGUUAAAUUAUUUGCUGUCAGGGACUGCGGCAAAGCCUCAAAUGUGUCUGUGUGAAAAUGCCUUUUUUGUUGUCAUUUUGUAAAUGUGACAAAUUCCCUUCAUUUUAUAAGGGUGUCAGUCACAUUGAUUGAUUUUAUCGAAAUGUGGAAAUGCAUGUCGUUCUGCAAUAAAGGUAGAUGGUGAAAGCACA